CUCGCAGCAACUGAAAGCGCGUCGUUCUUUGCUGAAAGCUCCAAGCUCCUUCUCCCUUGCAUCAAUUGCGCGCCUUCCCGCAACAAACAGCAAUGUCAUUAUUCGGUAAUCUGGGCAACGCUGGCCAACAGCAGUCCUCGGGCUCCUCGCUGUUUGGAAAUGCCACCAACAACAACAACACUCAAUCCUCGCAACCUUCUCAGUCGACCUCUCUGUUUGGCCAGGCCCAGCCCGCGCAAUCAAACUCGACUCCCUCGCUCUUUGGUGGCCAAACACAACAAACCCAACAGACACAGCAACAAUCGUCGACUCCAUCUCUCUUCGGCGGCGCUGCUCCUCAGCAAAAUUCCACUCCCUCUCUUUUCGGCCAGUCUGCUCAGCAGCCUCAGCAACAGCAAACACAGCAGCAGCAGUCUGGGGGCAUGUUUGCCUCGACUAACAACAAUGCGCAAUCUCAGCAGAAUACCAGCAUGUUCGGAAAGCCGGCGCAGCAGACGAAUAGUUUGUUUGCUCAGUCGACCAACGACCAAAACCAGCAGCAGCAGCAGCAACAACAGGCCGGCAUGUUUAGCAUCAACAACGCAAACUCUCUCGGUGCUUCCCUACUGAGUGCAUCCUUGUCCGCUCUACCGUCGGCUCUGGUGAACAAGCCUACAACCAUCGGCUUCAACCAACAAUCCAUGGCUCCCCCACGCGACAAGACCAUACCGCAGCAAAUCGAGUCCAUCGCCCAGAAAUGGAAUCCCGAGACUGCCGAGUGUCUCAUGCAACACUACUUCUACGUGCAGGUACCACCGGAGCAGGCCCCCUUCAUCAGCAUGCCCCCGAACGCGGACGAGCGUGAAUGGGAAAAGGCUCUGCGCAACAAGCCGACGGCAGGAUCGGUACCCGUCAUUGCAAAAGGAUUCGAGGCGCUCGGCACGCGUCUGAAGACACAGGUCGAAGCAGUCAAACAGUUGCAGCUGCGCCUACACGAGAUGAACAAUAGUCUGGGUGCUAUGAUGCAGAAGCAUGAGUUGGUCUUGAGUGUCAGAGCGGCAGAAGCAAAGAGAAAACACAUUGGUCUGAGUCAAAGAUGUCUUGCCUUGGCAGUUCGUGCCCAAGUGCUCGCAAACAGAGGAUUCGUGCUAGACGGUGCCGAAGAGGAGCUCAAGAAGAAGCUGGCGAGCCUGGAAAAGACAGUGUUCGACCCGGCCUUCUCAGGCAGAGAGGAAGAGAUUUGGGCACGCAUGGUGGCCAUUCGAGAAAGAACUAGGUGGCUACAGGAAGAGAGCGAGAAGCUCGGUCGCCAGGUAUCCAAUGAGAGCGGCGGACUGGACGAGCAGGUGAUUGCAAAGACGAAGAAGAUCCUCCACGAUUACGACACACAAAUCCAGCACUUGCGCAAAGAGUUGGAACAGAUCAAGAAGGAAUACGAGGAGUGGGAGGCUGCCAGCAAGCCUAGCAAAUGAUGGGAAUGAAAAGUUUACAGAUGUUACACAAAGCAAUUCUUGACACGGAAUCGUAUGGCAGGAUUGCCACAUGUUGAUAGCACAUGUUGUGCACGAAAGCUUGAAGAAGCGCAACCACACAUCGAGAUUCCAUGGGCAAAAGACGAUAGCAUCAACUCUUGAGGUGAGAGGAUAUAGGGUUUGCAGAAGUAUCAUUUUGUACAGUAUGUUGUUACAAGUGUAUCGUGACGUGUUUCGAGGGGAGGCUACGGCUUUAGACAAGCUUCUGGAUGUACUCGACGGCGAAAGGCGAGAGGUAGAGAAGGACGCAAGUGGCAAAGGCCUGCUUGACAGUGAGGGAAGCGGUCUGCUCCUGG